CCCCGAGACUUGUGGACAGAGGUAUUGAAAUAAUAGCCUAUAUCUCACUGUGAAUCAUUCACCUUGUUCGAUAUCUGUCAGAUCGACUCUAUCACCAGUCAUCUCGCUUAGCGAUGCGAUGGCUCAAGUGCUGAUCGCCGCUAGACCUCCCAUCGAUUAGCUCCUUUGAGCUGCCUGAGGGGUUCUGGCAAGCCCGGUCAAAGUUGAAAUUCGGUCCCGGUGGGAGAGGGUGAAUAGGAAUCGUAUGGUCACAAUACCAAGGACAUUGAGCUAGAGAGCAGUCCGUGUCUUGGUUGGAAGCUUAGAACACUUGGGAUCUGUGGAUUGUCCCCGCAUCAUCUAUCUCUAUCACGCUUAGCUCAUCAUGGCUCUACCUUUCGGCUCGACUCAGCUCGUCGCUUCGUCUUCCAGUAGCUCUUCCUCCUCGAAGCCAGCCUAUCUCUUUCGACCCUCACAAGAAGUCUGGACAAAGCUCCAAGCUGCUUCGAAUGGUCUAUCCAUAUCUUUCCAAGGUGACGAAGUGUCGCUCCAUAUCCCUGGAUCUGCCCCUAUACAUCUUGCACCCCAAGCUUCCAAUACACCUUCCGAGGUUUAUACAUUGAAAGGCGAUCGACUAGACCCAUUGGGCAUUGCAACGUCUCGUCUCACUACGCCUAUCGGAUCUAACAACCACAAUCGGGGAGCCAUAGCAUCUGGUCUCAAGACACCUUCGACCGCUCAUUUCAACCAUCAUGCAAAGCCGCAUACUCAGGGUGAACAAAUGGGAAGGGUGUACAGUAGUCCUGGAUUACCUAGCUCCAUGACGGUCGGUGGAGAACCUAUCAUCCCAUUGAAGACUCGGGUGAUCCAAGCUCUUUCUCUUGGUCCAAUGAGCCUGGAGAAAGUGGUCAAACGAGUUGGGAUGCCAGAAGAAGACGUGAUGCGAGUGGUCAGAGUAGUCGGAAAAGAUCUCGGCGAGGGUCGGUACACACUCCAACCCGCCAAAUAUGCCCAGGUCAAGAUAGCUUCCUGGAAAUACACCCUUGAAGAACAACGAACAGUUGUUCGACUUGCUCGAGAAGCAUUUGACGAACUGGGUCUACCAAGCGACGCAGAGGAGAGAGUGGACUUGGCUCAAAAGGAGUCAGAGAUCAAAGAGAGUGAAGAGGGCGAGAGCGACGUGAAGAUGGACGAACGUGAUACUCUACAAGUUCCCCCGAUCCCUGCUCCAUCCGCUCGCAAAGAGACCAGUGCGCAAUCGACGCCGAUCAGCAGUCCUCAAAUUGGACCUAUUCAUGCUGGUGGCGCCAACAGUUCGGACUCGGGGACCAAGGACAAGGCGUCAGGUAACGCCGUAGCGGGGAAGAAGAAGUCCAAAGGAUCGCUCGGGCUCAUCGGUCGAGAAAGAGCAAAGUUUGCAGCCCAACAACAGAGAGCUUCGUCUCUGCCGAAUGCUCAAAGGGCGACUUCCAACGUCGCUUCUCCGCGUCUCGAUCCGACGACGACCGUGCCUACGACUGGUAUGGCUAGUGGCUCUUCAAAUAAAGCGGCAAAAGCGGCUGGAACGACGAAGCGGAAACGGAAUGACGAUGAUGGGAAAUCUCGACCUGAUUCGCCGGCUGAUUCGUCAGCAGAAGCAUCCAACAGUGGCGAAUCUGCUGCUGGACAAUCGGCUCCUCGCGGGCGUACAAAGGAAGCCAAGCCCAUCAAGCCCACUACUACCACGAGUGGCGAUGGCAAGCCAGAGAUGAAGAAGCAAAAGAGCAAAGCACGGCCCCCGGAUGAAAAACUAUCUGCGACCACUCGAGAUUAUUCUUCCUCAGAUUCAGGAUCCGAGGUCGAGGCGACUCCCCUGAGUAAACGCAAAACUGGUUCAGAUCACCACCCGCAGUCUGCUCCACUCACUCACGCUCAAACAACGUCGUCCAUUCCAACCUUUAAGCGGAAAGCCCCACCACCCGUGCUUGACCUAGGUGAGGCUCGGAACGGCGCCUCACAGACAGAGCCCAAGACUUCGAGACCAGACGAAGAGAGUCUCAGAGAUCGAUACGAAGAGCUUUUCCCCGCUUAUCAGUUGUACACCAAGAAGCUGGUAAAGAUACAGGAAGCUCUGGAUCACGGGGAAGAAGGCGAAGUUGUGGAUGAAGUAGAGGUAGAGAGAAUGGUGAAAAAAUGGCAGAAAUGGCAUCGAGAAUUGGAGGAUAUCAGGAGGUGGUUUGGGGAUGGGUCAAAGGUCGGUGUAUAGGUUGCAGUUGAGCUAGAGGUGGCGAAGACCGAGUCACCAGCAAGAGUGAUUGUCAUCGUUUGUCGUUGUACGCCAUGAAACAUGUCAUGAUGAUGUGGUUGCCACUUUUGUAA